UAUGGAGUGAUUUUGUGUCAAUGAAUAAUUUUCAUGUUAGGCAUUUAUAUUGUUCUCUGCAAAAUUGGGUUUGCAGUUCUAGUUAGUCAAUAAUCCCUUUUUAUUUAUUGACUAAGCAUCUUGACCACCACUGGAAAGCUUGUUAAGUUGUCUCUAACUUGCAUUUGCUUUGGCAUUCAAUAGUUGAUUGUUCUUUGUGAAAAUAGUAGAAAAUCCACACCAUUUGACUUACUAUCAGUAUCAACUAAUAGGCUGAGCCAUCUUGGUUAAAUAGCUGUAGCUUCUGGCCCAGCAUCUGGUAAACUUGACUAGCCUUUAAAAAUCUCUGUAGAGCAUCUUGGUAGUAUAUGUAUGUCAAUAAUAUCUUCGGUAUUAGUGUUUUACUGGAAGGGAUUUGAUGGAGACAGAGAGAUGGGCACCCUUCAUGUGAACUUCAUGGGGCUUAUCUGGCAAUUAGCUCAGGGUCUCCAGUUUGCAGUUCUAUUGUUUAUUCCAUAGAGAUAUAACAUGUUACAAUGAAUAUUAUAAACCUCAAAUUUGGAGGCUGGCUUGCUUAUCAACUAAGUAUAAUUGACUUCAGGGAAUAGGUGUUUGUUGACCAAGUUUCAUUGACUUCAGCGAAGAGGUGUUCGUUGACUAAGUUUCAUUGACUUCAAUUAAUAGGUGUUUGUUGACUAAGUUCCAUCGACUUCGGUUAAUAGUUGUUUGUUGACUAAGUUUCAUUGACAUCUGUCAUGAGGCAUUGCCCCUCAACAGACACCAUCAAAAUGCCUCUUCACGCAAGCUUCAGACAUUUCAUCAUUUUCUACAUGCUCUUUCAUCUAUAAAUAUGGAUGUUUCUUUCUUUGAGCUGGGCAGCAACUCAAUUCUUAGCAUCACAAGCAUCAAAAGUUUUCUUCUCCUUCAACUUCAAACACUUUUGAGGUCCUUUUCCUUGUUAAACAGAAGUAUGGGUUUUCGUUUUUGGGGUAUUAUUAAAGCUAAGAAAGCUCUUCAACAUCUUCCAAUUACUGCAAACCAAGAAACUUCAGGGGCCUUAGAUGUUCCAAAUGGCUGCUUUGCAGUUUAUGUUGGACAAAACCAGAGGAAGCGUUUUGUGAUACCACUAUCAUUCUUGAAACAGCCUUUGUUCAUUGAUUUGCUAAGUCAAGCUGAAGAAGAAUUUGGAUUUGAUCAUCCAAUGGGUGUUCUUACAAUUCCCUGCAGUGAAGACACCUUCAUUGAUAUCACUGAUUGCUUAACCAGGUCAUGAAAGAGUACCUAGACAUAGAAGAGGCUGAGCAAUUUUGUUCAGUUUUGUAGACAUUUAGCAUUGCCAUGUACAUUUAUUUCAUCGUUUUUGCUGCACAGAAAGGCUGUUUGUUAUAAAAUCUCAUCAAAUUGAGAAUUAGAAAUAUCAGAUCAACUGAUUCUUUAGACUCUCUAAUUAUUUCCUUCUCUGUUUAGACCUGCUGUUGAAUAACAAUGAGUUGGCUCAUAUAUGAUUUAUAAGGAUUGAGUUCUCUCUUAAUCUAACACUUUUAUUCUGCCUA